AUGACAGAUAAUAAGAUAAACUUAUUCUUUAAAAUAAUAAAUAAUACCUAUUUAUUCAAUUUAAUAUGUCAAUUUAUACAUUCAAAACAUUUCAAAUACUAUUGUAAAGCCAAUUCAAAGUAUAUUGAGUAUGCAGGUUAUCUUGUUAAAAAUGGUUUGUUUGACAAGAUGAAUCUGGAAUAUCGAAUAAACACUGUUUUUGGUUGGUCUACUUUGUCUUUGGAGUAUCUGGUGUCUCAACAUCGUAAUGAGGUGGGUCUCAUUGAAAAGUUGAUUGAUAGAUACGUUGAUCCUAAGAGACCACUACCAAUCAACAAUAUAGUUCUUUCAUCAGCAAUCAAGCAUGCAACAAAAGAUUUCUCAUUGGUCAAGCUUCUACUCCAUCGAUUCACCAAUGUAAUAGAUACCAAUACAUAUGCAGCAGCGGCUGAGCACGGAAGAACAGAAAUCAUUCAAUAUAUGAUGAUUGAAUUCCGAGAGAUUCCCAAAAUUGGUAAAAAUGCAGUCAUUGCUGCAUGUAGACAUGGACAGUUACAAACUCUUAUCUUCUUGGAUCAAUAUGAAAAGAAGCUAUUCACUCAUUUACCAAGUGAUAAUGUUGUGAAAUUUAAUGUGGAAGCUCUGAAUGCUGCUGCAUCAGGUGGAUCACUCGAAUGUGUUAACUAUCUAUUGGAGAAUCGUACUGAAGGAUGUACUCACGGUGCUUUAGAUGGUGCUCUAAUGAUUGGAAGGUUAGAUAUUGUAGAAGCGAUCAGACAAAGAUUUCCACAGCUAGAAUGUUCAAACAAUGCAAUCAAAGGAGCGAAGGAUGUUAAACUUGAGAUUCUCAAAUAUAUUUUAGAUAACAAGUUGCUAUCGAAAAUUGAAAUAUCAAAUUGGACAUUCAUCGAACACUGUGCCACCAGUCUAGAGGUACUUUCAUAUUUGGUGAUCGAUCAGAAGAUUCCAUGCACACACGUAUCACACAGAAUGCUUGAAUGUUGUGGGUUAAGUUUGGUUGAAUUUCUCGUUGAGAAUAAGAUAUUAAAGAAAUCAUCAUCGAUGCGUACAUACAUAGGAACCACAGCUAACUUUGCAGAGCAAAAUGGUAAUUUGGAUAUAAUAAAGUAUUUGGACUCUGUUAAACUAUUGGAGCAUCAGCGACUUGCCUAUUGUCAAUAUCCGCAAAUCGUUGAAUAUGCAUUGAAUAAAUCAAAGAAAUCAUUCCCUAAAGUGAUGCCUGCCCCCAACAGUGUCACCAAAGAAUCAAGAGAUGGAAUCUUCGAAUUGGUUACACUAUUGGCCAAGCAUGGGAUCACUUUCAAUCCAAUUCAAUCUUUAGCCUACAUUGCAGAGGUAUCGCUAGAGAUGUUUAUUUUCUUUGAAAAGAAUUAUAAAUUGGAAAAGCUUCCAGAUUAUGCAAAACGUGCUACGAAUGUAGGAUUAGUGGAUCUUGUCAAAUAUCUCCAUCGCAACGGCUAUCCUAUUGACAAGGGCUCAGUGACACAAGCUAUUAUAAGAAAUCAUUUUGAUGUCUUGAAAUAUCUAGUCGAAUCUGUCAAUCUGGUUUAUGGUUCCGAUUUAAUUGAAUCCUCGAUAAAAUCCAAGAACUUUAGAAUCGUGGAAUAUUUGGCAAAUAAGUUUCCAGAGAUAAAUCCAAAUAUCAGAAUUGUUCAAGAGUUGAUAAAAGCAAAUAGUUUGGAAAUAACAGAGUUUAUAGUAGAGCGAUAUAUAAAAUUGGAUAGAGUUGAACAUCAGCCAGAUGAACGUAUUAUCUUGAGUGUUUAUUCAGAGCUUGACUAUGAUGUAUUCCUAUGUCUUUGUAAGCAUGCUUCACACUUGUUUGAUAUUUGUCCCAAUACCAUAUACCUAUUUUUCCACAAUGGCGGUUUGGAUUUCCUUAGUGUUUUGUUUAGCACUUUCAAAGAGAUUGACUGGACGUUAGGACUUCUCCUACAAGUUCGCUCACUGGAAGUUCUUUCAUUAAUAAUGGCAAACGUGAAAAUAAGUAAACAAUGGAAAGCAGAAAUGAUAGAUAAAGCAGACUCUCACGGAAACUAUGAAAUUUCAAAAUAUUUAUCUAAAUCAAUGAAUUAA